CCACGUCAGCGGAGACGUGUAUAAAGCAGGUCAGCAUCCCUGGGAGAUCUCGCCUGCUUCAGAGGACUCAGAGCUCUGAGACCUGAACCCACUUCUACAACUGACAUGCCUGAGACAAAUUUAAGAGUCACUGGGGGUGCAGUGAGGUUCGGUGCCACUUAUGGAGGCAACCGGGUCUUCUCCGGAUCCCGGGCCGGUGGUGCUGCUUCAGGAGUGUCCAGACUGCUAGGGGCAUCGGCAGGGCUGGGAUCUGGCCUUGGCGUCAGAAGCGGUCUGGGCCUGGGUGGAGGGCUGGGUUUGGGAGGUGGCCUGGGCUUUGGUGGAGGAGCAGGUGCAGGGGCCCUGGCUCUGGGAGGAGGUGCUGGGCUGGGCCUAGGUGCCGGAGGCGCUGCUCUCGGCAAGAUGGCGAGCUUUAGGGCGGGGGUGGCUCCACUCCGGGCUCGUCUAGGGGGGCGCGUCUUCAAAAUCGGGGGCUACGGCUACAACCCAACCUUCCUCAGUUCCACGACCACCAUUGACGCAGGUGUCAGUCCUCUUCCUGUCAUCGACCCCUCGCUGCCAUCUGUAGAUGCAGUUCAACUCACCCGCAUGAAAGAGAAGGAUGAGCUACAGGCUCUUAAUAACAAAUUUGCCUCUUUCAUCGACAAGGCCCGAAUGCUGGAGCAGCAAAACGCUAUUCUCAAGGCGAAGAUCUCGAUGUUCACCAACCCAGACCAGGGCGGACCUGCCAGCACGUCCAUCCUCCUUACCUCCGCUAUUGGGACUUACAAGACUCAGAUCGACAACCUAACCACAACCAAGGAAGCUAUUAUUGCAGAAAUCGAGCACUACAAGAACAUCAUCGAUGAUGUUCAGUCCAAGCUUGAGGAGGAAACAUCCCAGACCAAGACCUUAGAGACUGAUUGGACCAAUUUAAAAGAGGAGGUGGACAAUCUAUACUUGACCAUUUUUGAGCUCCAGACCAUCGUUGGUGGAUUGGAGGAUCAGAUUGCCCUGUCCAAGCAGGUCUAUGAUGCUAAAGUGAAGGAGGUGAGAAACAUUGUAACAGGCGGCGUGAAGUCAGCCUUCUCCAUCUCAGUGGACAACACGGCCCAGGCUCAGGAUCUGACCUCGGCGCUGACCGAAGUGAAGGCGCAUUACGAGUCGCUGGCCCAGAAUAGCAAGCAGGACGCUCUCUUAUCCGUCCAGGACAGUCUCUCCAUGAUAUCUGUAAGCACUCAGCCCAAUACCCAGUCACUCACCAACGCAAAGGAGGAGCUUCGUGUCUACAAACUGCAGAUCGACUCGGUGCAGAGGGAGAUUGACAGGAUUAAGUCAGCGAACCAUCAGCUGGAGUCUCAAGUAGAGGAUGCGGAGGCCCAUACCAGCUCACACACUGAGACGUACCAGGAUCAAGUCUUAAUCCUCAAGUCACAGCUUGAUGACAUCAGAAAGCAAAUUGCUCAAUAUGGCCAAGAUUACCAAGAACUCCUGGCAAGCAAAAUGUCUCUGGAUGUGGAAAUCACAGCUUAUAAGAAACUCCUGGACAGUGAAGAGAACAGGCUGAAGUCAGGUGGAGGUGUCACCGUGCACAUGACCAAGACUGCUGUCGGGGGCGGAGCUGGGGGUGGAGUUGGGGGCGGAGCUGGCUUCUCCCUGGCAGCUGGAGCCGGAGGACUGGGUGCCGGUGGAGGACUCGGAUUUGCAUUAGGCUCAGGCCUUGGCCUCGGGGGCGGUUAUGGUGGUCUUGGCGCUGGACUGGGAGGAGGCCUUGGUGCUGGACUGGCACUGGGAGGAGGGCUCGGCCUGGGCGGGGGAGGCGGCAGCCUGAUGUCAUCGAGCCUCAACAGCAGUGCAUUUUCCUCCACUGUCUACUAAGCACCAGCUGCAAACCCACAUACCAGACCUGUACUGCAUCACUGCGGAAAUGGGAAAAGCUUCCACUAGGGGCGCUGGUGUCACCUCUUCGUGUCAGCUUAAUAUUAACACAAUGCAUAUCUUCUUCACCAGUUUCUUUUUUAUAACAUACUAAGCACAAAUGCAGACUUGCCUAACACUGAUUGCACAAUUCCACGGAAAUUAAUUCAAACCUGUCCUCUAAAGACAUUGAUGCAUCAUACAAUGGAUAUUUUAUAGACCUUUUCUAAACAUAUAUGCCUCUUGUUAUUUCAGAAGAUAUUCUGAUGAUGUAUUCUGACAGUUUGCCAUUGGUACUUCCCAAAAAAUACACAUUUUUAAUACUUCAGCUGAAAACUGAUCAAGCGCUAUCAGAGCAAAUAAAAAAUCUUAUUAAAAAUUAGUGGUAUUUUCUUACAAAUCCUGUCAGCACAGCACGCACACAGAAGUGCAAAAUCAAGGAGGUAAACACAAAAUAUUCUGCUGUAGUGUAGGUAUAAAUACAGGAUUUGACAGUAUUACCAAUUAAAUGCUAAAUCUGUUAAUGUUUGAUUUCACGGUUGUUAUAUGUGGAGUUCAUUGGCUGGCUGAGUAAAAUGCUGAGUUUUAAUAAUUCUGACACAUUCACUGUGCAAAAGUAUUAAUUACUGUAGAGUGAUAUGUUAAAAAUGUUCACCUGUAUACCUGUACUCUGCCUGUUUUAUCAAUAAAAUGACUGCAAAUAGCAAAC